AUGACUGUGCAGACUAAAGAUACAAUUGGAGCAUCUGAGCAAGCUAUCGAUGCUAUAGUAAUGUCUGAGUCAAGUCAGCCAACUACAGAUGUGAUUGCAUCGCCUGAGUCAGGUCAGUCAACUACAGAUAUCAUCCAAAAUGUACAAAUUCAACACAUAUCAUUGGAUCCAGCAGAAUGGCUAGAAGAUCUUUUAAGUUUAAGAACAGUAGUGAGGGGGGCAUUACAGUUGAAGGACUUUGACUUUCUUAAGGAUUCUACAAUCAAGUGCAGGUUCAGUAUCUCAAACUAUCAACGUAACUUGACAAAAGACCAAAAAAUUCCAAGACCCUGGCUUGUUUAUUCCAAAAAGAUGGACUUUGUCAUUUGUUUUUGCUGUAAAUUAUUUGGAACAGAAAAAGACAAGCUUAGUAAAGGUGGUUAUCGUGAUUGGAAAAAUAUUUAUGCCAGAUUAAGUGAACAUGACACAUCACCAGAUCACACUUCUUACUGGUUACAAUGGAAGGAGCUGGAAACUCGUUUAAAUUCAAACAAGACAAUUGACAAACUGAACCAAACCAUUCUUCAGCAAAAACAAAAGUAUUCGAGAGCUGUUUUUGAGAAAAUUGUUGCAACUAUUCAGCAUUUAACAAAAAAAAACCUGGCAUUCCGAGGCAGUGAAGAAAAACUUUUUGUACACGGAAAUGGCAACUUUCUUGGUCUCAUUGAACUAUUAGCAAAGUUUGAUAAAGUGAUGGCUGAGCAUGUCAGACGUAUAAGCAGAAUGAUACGAGUAUGUCCAAUCAUUAUCUAA